CCUGUCCGAUAUCACAACUUGUUACAGCUCGAAGAUUAAACAGCGCUAUUAUGGAUAGGUAAAAUUGGUCAAGCCAGGCUAAAGUCACCCGAUGUAUCUCCAAGGAGCACUGUAUCAUGUUGAUGCUAGGAUACUUGCUUAUGAAAAUGUUGUUUAAAUAUUUCUGACAAAUGAAAGAGAACCAACAACUUUGAAACUUCUGGAAUUGGAUGUACAGAAGAAAGAAGAGUGCAGUUUGUGUAAGAUUUUCUCAUGGAUAUGCAGACAUGUCAGACCUGUGCUCAAAGGAUGGGUGAUUGAUACAUUAUUUCUCUUUACCUCUGCUUCACAAGCAAUUGACAGCAACAUGGACAUUUAUGAUAAAAGGAUGACGACUACUUUGGAACUUCUAACCAACGCAACAGGUGAUAUUGGGUUUGCUACUACCAUUCCCUCAGCGCGUGAUACCAUACCGAUUGAUGAUUGGCUGUGGGAUCCGGUCACGUGGUCAUGGUGGGAGAUCCUGCAGGCGGUGUUUGCUGCGAUCGGAUUAGCCGGGAACCUCCUUGUCAUGGCUGUUCUCUUUCAGAGGAGGACCACGAGAAAGUCGGCGGACGCCCUCAUCGGUGCGCUGGCAGCCGCUGACUUCAUGACAUCACUUUUCAUGAUACCCCACCGUGAACCCCAGACAGUCCCCGAUACGCUGAUUGGUCACCUUGCAUGCAAGGUUCUUCUCUCAUCCGUCUUUAUGUGGGUUUCCGUCAUGGCCUCGGUGUUCACACUGACUGCUAUAUCUAUAGAGAGGUUCAUUGCAGUAGUUUAUCCUCUCUACGCGAAGCGCUACCUGACCACGCGUCGAACAAUAACCACCGUCAUUAUCAUAUGGGUAUGCUGUGCCAUCAUUAACUGUCAAUCUUUCGUUGUGACGUCCGUUGACCCUUCGACCCGGAACUGCAUAGUGAGGUACAAAUCCAUGGUAUCGCAGAAAAUCUUCGGGAUCUGCGUUUUCUUGCUCCUGUUCGUCAUCCCUACCUCAAUAAUGCUCUUAUCACAAAUCCUCAUCGCACGAGAACUACAGAGACAAUCAGUACGCUUCGCAGACGAUCAAAGAACCGACCCAUCGAGUCCUGCCUACAACAUCCUCCGCGCCAAAAAGCGCGUCGUCAGACUCCUUCUCAUAGUUGUGUCCAUGUACAUCAUCUGUUGGGCACCCGAUCAUAUCGCGUUCCUGGCUUUCAAUCUACACCUCUUAGACGUAUCCUUCCUAUACAGCCCCUUGUACCAUGGACUUGUCGUUCUUGCGUUCUUCAAUUCCUGCGUCAACCCUAUCAUCUAUGGAGUCAAUUAUCCAGAAUUCAGGAAGGCACUUCGGGAGACUUUCUGGGAGUCAUCGAGCUCCAUCCAACGAGCGUCGCUGUUCGCUCCGGACACGAGUCACACGACGAGUUCAAGGGCCUAGAAUAUUAGGACUUGAUUCAAUGACACUGGUCGAGUUCGAUCUAAUCUAACUGUAAUAAAAAAGUCUUAGCUGCUAGGUCUUGAUUGUUGCACGUGUCUGUGAUGUGUUAUAAAAAUGAAGCCCUGACGAAUCGGCACCCCCAAGAUUGUAAUGCUUCAAACGUGAAAAAUGCAAUUGACCGGAAACUUCAUUCCAAUUAUGUUCAAUACAAUACAUGUGUUAACAUUAUUCUCCCUAGCAGAACAUCAAAUUAUGUUGUCGUGUUUUACGUCACAUAUAUGCAUUUCUUAGUUUCUGCACAAAUUUGUUAUUUUUCCUGGGUAUAUAACAAACAUUCUUAGUUAUGUUUUUUUUUUUAACAAACUCUCUAAUGCUAGCUUUUUUUUACGGUGAGAAACGCGUGGUUUUCUUUGUUUAAAUUGAUUUUGGUUGAAAAAAAUAAAGGUUUGAUAAAAGAAUCUAUCUAAUGAUAACAAACGUAUGUAUUUCAAAGUUGUAAGUGUAAUAUUUGCAAAUUGUUUAUCCUUUUACCUGGUUAGGUACAUUGCUAUUUUGUAUUAUUCAAUAUGAACGUUUGAUUUUACAUUCAAUGCACAAGUCAAAUAAAUUGAAAUUACAGAAUAAAUACAGUUUAUAAAAUUUAAAAUAUACGAUACGCCAAUAAAGUGCAAGUCAGAUUUUUUUUUUUUUGGGGGGGGAAUCGUGUAUAUUUUCAAAUCUGUGGAGAUUUGUCGUUUUGUGACAUGAAUGAUGAAAAGAAUUAAAAUUAUAAAAAUUUGUAAGACAACAAAUGUUGAUGAAACUCCAGUUCGCAAGGCGUGUCACUAAUGUCAUACUUAAAAAAACCUAUUAAAAAAUCAUUGAAAUUGAAAAGCACUGACUUUAAAUUAGUCUACCGCCUUUUCACACGGUAAAAAUCGUAAUGUGAAUGAUGAUUCCAGUGAAAAUAUGGCUAAUGAUGAAUUUUAGCACGUGUGAAACCAAACCAGAACAUGAUUAAGAAUCACGAACGGUAAUCACAAUCACGAAUUCAAAUUCUUCUCUGGAGGUGAAUUCCAGUUAGGUUUCGCUCAAAUCACAGUUUUCGAGUGAGCAUGUGAAAGGUCCGAUGAUUCUAAAGACGAAUUGCAAUUAUCAUUUCAAUGAUGAUUCAAGAUUUACGUGUAAAAAGGCCUUUUGGGAUCCAGGGAUCGGAUUAUUCCAGUGCUAACCAAGCGCAUUGUAUGCCCUGUGAUUGGCCUCUCUGUCCAUUUUAUUGUCUUUGAAAAUUGUUUUUCAGCUUUUCCCCACUUGUGCUGUGUUGUAAGUAAUAAAAUGUAGGGCAUUUUUUCUACAAGAAUCGCGUCUAUGCCUCUUCUUCUAUAAGGGGUAAACCGGGCUGAAAAUAUUUAAAUCUAAAUAAACAGAGUAAAAUAAAAAAUUGACAGAGCAAAAUUCUAAAAUUUUCAUCAAAUUGUGAUAACAAAUUACCAAGUUCUGAAUUUUAAAGUUUAGCAAUAUUUUGUGAAAACAUAUGCACGUCGUCAUGAAUAUUCAUUAAGUAGGCUGAUGAUGUUACAUCCCCACUUUCAUAUUUCUGAUAUUAUUACAUGAAAUCAUAUCUGUCUAAUCUUUUCAUACAUGUGUAAAAGUGUCUCUCUCUUUAUGAAAUACGUUGCAGCAAUAAAUAUCUAAUGCACUAAAUUAGUUGUAAAUCAAUUUUUUAUGUUCUUGGUAGAAAGUAAUGAAUAAGCCUAACUUCAUAUAAUGAAUUACAAAAAAACAGGUGGGGAUAUGAAAUCAUGAGUUUGCUCAUUGGAUAUUUAUGAAGACAUGCCCAGAACUCUUUCAUCGGAAUAAUGCAAAUAUUCAAAGUGCCAUAGCUUUGUUAUUCCUUAAAUAGCCGAUUUUGAU